GGUUUGUUAUUGUCCGCCCUGGCAGCACGGAAGAACACAGCAGUUCCGGAAGGGUCGCGGUCGGUGUGACUGUCUGCCAGAAACAGCCGAAUUCUGUCGACUCUACAGCAGUAUUUCGCUCCAAACUGUGCUGACUGUGUGGGCAGAUUGUUCCUCGAGGUCGUCUGAAGUUCAAACUUUUCCUAAACGUCGUCAAAAUAACCCUUCUGCAACGUUUCCAGACUUCUAUUUGGAACAAGCAGAUAAACAUACUCGAAGCAUACUCGCCCUCCAACACUCUAAGUGAGAAGAUGGGUCGCAUAUUCCUGGAUCACAUCGGCGGAACCAGGCUCUUCUCCUGCGCAACGUGUGACACCAUCUUGACAAACCGAUCAGAGUUGAUUUCCACAAGAUUCACAGGAGCCACUGGGCGGGCCUUCCUGUUCAACAAGGUGGUAAACCUGAACUACAGCGAGGUCCAAGACCGCGUCAUGCUGACCGGCAGGCACAUGGUCCGGGAUGUUUCCUGCAAGAACUGCGACGCCAAGCUGGGCUGGAUCUACGAGUUUGCCACGGAGGAGAACCAGAGAUACAAGGAGGGGCGUGUCAUCCUGGAGAGGGCGCUGGUCACGGAGAGUGACGGGAUGGAGGAGCACAUGGGAGAGGAAAAUAAAUAGACUACUUAUUGCAAAUCAUAUGUGUUAAUUGUAUUAGAUUAGAAAUCUAUAUCAAUAGGGUAUUUUUUCAAGUAUUGAAAGUUGACAGGUGGUCAUUCGCACUCCAUAUAUGUAGGGUGGCAAUCAUUAUGAGCUGUCAGAUUAUCAUUCUGUUGAUAAAAUGAAAAUUCAUGAUAAAAUGAUGAAAUUCGUGAUAAAAUGAAUUGUGAUUAUGAAAUCAAGUCUGCUAUUCCAAUCUUCAGCAGGAAUGUGCCACCUUGUACCAUUUCUACUACAGUGCAGAUGGCCUGAUGUCAUAUCACAUGAUGUUAUGCUUUCCUCCAAGCUGUACUGAGUACAAUGUACUUGUACAAUGUACAUGUAUAUUGCCCCAGCAUUGUUCUGUUUGUACUUACUUGUACUUGUCACAACAUUGUAGGCAUGGAUGGGAUUUCUAACUUUAAUCUCCAAGGAGAUGCAUGCUUUCAGGCACAGUCUACAUCUUUUUGGUGGUCUGUGUCUUAUCCUUAGGGAAAUGAAGGGAUAAGAACCUAGACAUGGAAAAAACACUGGGCUGUACCCUACAUCUGCUCAGAGGUCAUGCUAAUUGACCAAUGUUAGAUCAUUAGAAUGCUAAAAACAGCUGGAGCCAUGUCUACAAUGUUGUGUUUUGUACAGUUAUCAUGGAGGUGGAUGUCAUCCUGAACCCUCCCAAGGUCUUCUUGUCCAGUAAGGUUUUCUUUUCAAGAAACAAUAGAAUCAGAAAUUGUUAAACUCUCAUACCAUGUACUUCACUCCAGCAUGGCAUUAUCCCCUAGUUCUGAAACUGUACAUAGCAAUAUACUAGUAUGGAGUGCCAUUGUCUUGUUUGUGUGUUGUUUUAGUAAAUUUCUUUCAGUUUGAUAAACCUGAUAAACAAGGCCAGAAUAAGAUCGAGUGGUCUGCAAGUUUAUUUAUCAAGUUUAUUGUAUGAUUUGAUAUUUAUCUUAAUCCACCUACUGUGUUGUGUGCAGUCUGUGCUGAUCAGUAGUUGCAGUAGAAAGUGAUGAAAUGUAUGUUUGCCUGCACAGGUAAAUUUCCUGACAGUAAUGGACACCAUUGUACUGUACUGUUUUUUCCUUGCAAUCUCCAAGCAGUUGUUGGUGUGGAAAAUCGUAAGGUUUUCUGAAGGCCACCUUUUCUGAUGGCACUUAACCCUAGUAGUGUACUGUUAGAAAAUUAGAAAAGUUGGCCUGUUGGAAGAUGUUACAAUGUUCUAACCCAUCAUCUGCUGGGAGAUUAGUUUGCUGUUUUCUUUGUCAUGAGUGAAGCGUCAAGUCCAUAUCUUUGGUAGUGGUGUGAGGUGCUUGUACAAAUGCAACUAACAUAAAAUGUGAUUCUUUUUUUUACUCCUGAUGCAUUGCCAAUGUUUAAUAUGAGGUAGGUUCGAUAUGAAAGUAGAGGGUGGAGCUUGUUGGACAUAAAACAGUGCCCUGGAAAUAAUGGAGCUGGAGUUGGGUUGAGAUUGCUGACAAGGAGUUCAGAUCUGGUUGAUUUCUUACUGGUGGGUUUGCAUCUACAAAAUUUGUUGAGCCAUUUUGUAAUAUGAAUAAAUAGAUUAAUAUGCUUCUAACUGAGAGAACAUUUCCCAUUCAAUGACAGAAUUCUUUUCUUUCUAUGGUACAUGUAUCUCAAAAUGUUGUGUAAUCAAGAACAUGUAUGAAAUGUAUGAAGGAUAUUGUGAAUAAGGGUAACUUACAGUCCCUCUAUAUAAAUGCAAAGCUAUAGCUCAGGUAUUAGACUUUGUUGAACGACUGGCCAGCCUACACUUGAUAGCAGAGUCACGUCAUGCACUACAUCGUGUGUUCAAACUUCAAUUGUGACAUCCUGUCAGUAAUUAAGCCCUGAAAUAAAGAGUUCUGGCCAAA